AUGCCAAAAUUAAGGUGCAUGGACGAGAACGAUGUAUAUGCAGUAUUGCAUAGUAAUUUUAACUUUUGUUUAAAUAUCAGUUUUAAUAUUAAAAUACUAACACCGAAAGUACCGGUAAGGAACACCACAUGAUUAAGCAUUAAUUUCAGUGUCUAACCCUUCAUGCAAUUCUAAGCAGCAAAUUUUGUUUUAUCUAGGGUGAUUGAAAGUAAAGACGAAACAUUACCCAUUGGAACAAAUGUUGUUGGACCUCUGGGUUGUAAAACCCAUGCAGUCAUGCCAGGAAAAACUUUGACAAAAUUGGACUUCCUUGAUGACCUACCAACAUCUGUAGGAGUUGGUGCUGCUGGCAUGCCAGGGUAUGAUUACAUUAUCUUUCUACAUAUUAACAAAAAUCUGAAUGAUUAUAUCACCGCCUUAUUUACGUUUUAUUACUAGAAAUACAUGCAUGCAGAAACCCCUCGCCUUGCUAGCAAAUCCACGAUAUUUUUCAAACAUGAAAUAUUUGAAGUGGUUGAUUGAUUAAUGAUUGAUUAAUGAUUGACUAAUGAUUGAUUAAUAGUUGAUUAAUAUAAUUGUUUUUGUUUGUGGAAACACCACGUAAAUUUAUUACUGCAGUAAUAAAUUUACGUGGUGUUUCCACAAACAAAAACAAUUAUAUUUUAUCGCCAUGCAAACAUUCAAAGAACUUAAUUGAUUAAUAGUUUAAAAAUACCAAAAAUACAGUCAAAACUAAGCUGAAUUAGAUUAGAAAAUUUACAAUAACUUAAUUGUUUGAGUAUGUCUACGAUUAUACGCUGUUUCGUUUCAAGUUCUAAUGCAUUAUCUGAUGAUAGUUAACAAAUGGAUGGAUAAUUCUCAUGGCGCGCUUCUGUAAAAAUUCAAGAUCAUCUCACAGAUAAUUGGGAAGUGAGUUAUGGUAAACUGAGCAGGCGUACUCCAUGACGGUGCGGAUGCAUGUGGUGCAAAAGGUUACAAGUUCCUUGGUAGCAACGCCUGCUCUCUUCAGUUGUUUGAGGAAGUAAAGUCUUGUACAGUCGAACCUCUAUUAAGCGGCCCUCCAUUAAGCGGCCACCCUCUAUUAAACGGCCACAUAUCGAAGUCCCGAAAUUCUUGAAAUACAAAUACUAUAAACUAUCCCUCUAUUAAACGGCCACCUCUAUUAAGCGGCCGCGGCCACCCAAAGAGCGGUCCCAAAUGGUGGUUUAUGUCAAUUUUUACCUCUAUUAAGCGGCCAGUCUGCAGGAUUUACUUGGCGCAACACCUUGUCAAGAGAGCCGCAAUUUGCUUUAUUUGUAAAAUAAUGCUUAAAAAUUAUGUUUUAACACAUGCCACUUUACACCUUAAAAGCUUUACACCUCAAAAGCAUUGACUACGCCCAGGGUCUAUUAUUUGCGUACCUCUAUUUAGCGGCCACCUCUAUUAAGCGGCCACAAAACUGAUCCCCGAGGGUGGCCGCUUGAUAGAGGUUCGACUGUAGUUGCCUUUCGUGAUAUCUCAGAUACGUGGCAGUUCCAUCUCAGAUCGUUCGACAUGUUCGAUUCAAGUAACUUGACACUAUACCUCAGUCUAUAGCUUUCUCAUUUAUGACAAUUGGAUUGAAAUCUGCAACAGUCUUAGCAAACGAAAUUUGCAUUUCUUGGCAUUUUGUUUCAUUCAAUUCAAUUCAAUUCAAGCUUGUUCUCGUUAGAUUUAGUUACAAGUUUGUUCACGGAAUCUUAAAUCUUACUUUCUUGGUUCCUCGCGACGGGCUCUACGAUUGGCGUGUCGUCCACAUGUUUCCAUAAUUCAGUAUUUGUAACAAUAAUAUCGUCGAUCAUAAAAAUGAAAAGCCAUGGGCCAAGUUUUGUCCCUUGGGGAACCCCUGCAGGAUUAUCUCUCCUUCAGAGUUACAGUCCUGUCAGAGUUAACUCUUUGCUUGCGAUUUUUAAGAAAGUCAAAUAACCAGAUCUAUCAGAUCAAAUGCCUUCUUAUAAUCAAACAAAUACGAUCCUUACUGUAGAUCCUGUUCCGUCAGUAUUUUGGCCCAUGAGUGCACCAUACUGAGUAAAGCAUGCGUAGUAGAGGAUUUAGGAAUACAUCCAAACUGUCGUCCACUAGUUUUCUUCAUCACAGCUGCUUGUACAUGUUCCUCCACUACGGACUCCUCAGCUACCUUGGAUAGCACUUGUGUUAAUAAUGAUAGUGGGCGUAAAUCUUUAAUUUGUUAACAUCUUGGACCUGCUUCUGUUUGGGGAUAUGUACUAUAUCUGCUGCUUUCCAUGAUGGAGGGAGACAUCCCCUCGCUCAAAAGGAAAAGUUGAUAAUAUCUGUUAUAGGGCCGACCAGUAAAUCUGCAUUCUCUUUAAUCAGCCAAGAUGGUAUGCCGUUUGGGCCAGAGGUCUUCCUUGGAUUGAGCGAGGGGAGCUUGGUAAAAAGAGAGUCGAAAGAGACCGCGUAUGGUACAGCAGGUGGAUCGUUUGGCUGAGGUUCGUAAUCUUUCGGUAGGGGUUCGAAGGUACUCAGUGGAGAUAAAAAAGCUUCUUUAUUGUUUUGGCUAAGUGUGCUCCGUCAGAGGUUCCACCAAGGUGUUGAAAAAGAUACGCAGGGUUACCUUUGCUAGAUGACGCAGAUGAGAGGCCGCUGAGUUUCUUGACUUCACUCCACCAAGUUGAUUGCUUACAAUCUUUUAAGUGAGCUACUUUAGUGACAUAGUCUUUCACUGUAAGGAAACAGAUGACAGAUGCAGCAGACCUCAAUAAGAACAAAGCAACACCUAAUAAUAUACUUGAUAACAACGAUUUGAUCACGGAUCCCAAAGAAAUCGCGAAGAUAUUCAACUCCCAUUUCUCUCAAAUUUCCAAUACUGUUAUCAAAGAAACUGCACAUCACCAGCCUAAUUUCGAUGCCUUACGUAAUUUUGUGGACACUCGACUUCGCGAUAUUCAAUGA